AUGGGUUUUACUGAGAGGCAAGAGGCUAGUUCAUGGGAAAUCUUCAAUCUAGAUCUUCCACUUUAUAGUGUUUUAUUUUACACCUUUAUAUUGGAGAAAGAACCUGCAGCAAAAAAUAUGUUUUCUUUUUUAAAAGACGCAAAUGAGGUACCUCGAGGUAAUUCUAAUCUCAAUGCUCAUGCCGAGAAGGUUUUUGGUAUGGUAUGUGAUGCUGCUGUUCAACUCCAUACAACUGGAGAAGUAGUAUUGAAAGAUAUCACAUUGGGAGUUGUUCACUCCCAAAAGAGGGUUACUGAUCCUCAUUUUGUGGUUGUGAAAGAAGCUUUACUCAAAACAAUAAAUGAAGUUGUUGGGGAUAACUGGAGCGAGGAGUUGAGUAAUGCUUGGGAAUUUGCUUAUGAUGAAUUGGCGGAUGCAAUUAAAAAGACAAUGCAUUGA